CUCAAGUUAUCUGUACAUCGUCGUGCGGGCGUUUGCGUACAUCUUGCGAGCAGUCGUCGAAUCGUGUUGUUUGCCUCGAGAACUCCGCACGUUCUGGCAACUCACACUGAGCCAUGUCUGAGCAAGAAUCGCGCGCCGCUCCCGAGCGUGAGGCGCCGCUGAUCGCUGAGCCAAUCUCGGGCGCGGCGCUGUCUGCAGCGGGAGCGAAGUCGAUCCACGACGUCCCAGCAGCGAGCCUGAAUAACGGAAGCGAGAACGCCAUGUUGGUGUUCGUCGACAGGGCACAGGAAAAGGUCUUGCUGAAGGUGCCGAACGCCCUGGGUUGGCGGCUGCACUACGGGGUACAGCUCGCGCGGUCCGACGCUGCGUCUUCAAGGGAGGAGCGGUGGCAAGAGGUAGUCUCCGAGAUCUUGUCGCCUGCGUCAGCGUCUGGUAUGUUCCUCGGCGCGCACCCAGGCUUGUUUCAUCUGGCGAACGCACGGCCUGCUGGUGCGAUGCUGUUCACUUUCAAGAGUGCCACAGCUGCGCCCAUGCGCGUCUAUGUCUUGGAGGUCCCGCUCGCCGACUGCAGCGCUGCUGCAGCGGCCCUAGGCGGAGACGUGGCCGCAGUUGCUAUCGGCGACGUGCCUUACGCUGACAUGUGGGCAGACGACGUGUUCUGGCUGCCCGCGCUUCUCGCCGACGAGGGUGCGUAUUUCGAGGGCCAUUUUGUGUUUGACGGCGGUCCUGGCUCCGUGAAGAACGGCGGCGGGCCGGUAGUGGCGCACAGCUACUCGUUGCGAGAUUUUCGAUUGGAGGGGCUAUCUGAGGCCCAGGAGUAGUGGGGCUGUUUGUGAUUUGGGCAAUUUCGCGUGCGCGGGUGAUUUUUGCAAUGCCAUCUUUUCCUGAAGUUGCGAUGUGUCGCGCCACCUUCUCUGCAGUAUUUCCAGCCGCUAUGGGUCAGCUCAUUCGGCCAUCGAGCCGCCCCAAAUACAUACAGACGACCCCAAAUGACG